AUGUGUCUGAUUACGGGCUACCUCACAGCCAAUGCAGCUUGCGGCAAAAAACGCUCCGCUGCUUAGAAACGUUCGGGCGUACAGCCUUAACCAAAACCUUAACAGAUCAAACAUUUUCGUUAUUGUUUCAGGAAGAGAUUCAGGAGCACAAAGAAUCUAUGGACCCAAAAUCGCCAAAAGACUUCAUCGACGCUUACCUCAUUGAAAUGUCAUCCACGUCAGAUUCUUCGGAGUUCACAGAGCUGACGCUGUACUCCGUGCUGAUGGAUCUCUUCACGGCUAGCACGGGCACCAACAGCGUCUCGCUGGAGUGGGCCAUGCUGUUCCUGGUGCUGUACCCGGAAUGCCAGCGGCGGGCGCGAGCCGAGCUGGCGGCCGUGGUGGGACCUGGCCGGCUGGUGACGCUGGAGGACCAGCCGCACCUGCCCUACACGCAGGCGCUGGUGGCCGAGACUCUGCGGCGCAGCUCCGUGCUGGCGCUGGGAGUGCUGCACCGCGCCACCGCCGACAUCCCCGUGGCGGGACGGCCUGGCUUUACAUCAACCUGUUACGCCAUCCACCACGACGUCGAGUACUGGGGCGAUCCCUUCAACUUCCGGCCCGAGAGGUUCAUCCACGACGGCCAGUUUCAGCCCGACACGCACCUGGUCCCCUUCAGCGUCUGGCCCCGUUACACAUAG